CUGGAGUUGAAAGAAGGCUGUUAGCACUAGCUAGUUUUUAUAACGGUGGUAUUUUCUGCACCGAAUCACCUAAUGGAAGUAUUUGCACAUACACAACCUAAACAGAUGAACAUCAUCUAAGAGACGUGUUUGAAAGUAGCUGAAAAUGUCAACAGAUAUUCUCAGCCCAGAGCCUAGAUUUGGAAAAUUGAACGUGCUAGUCACAAAACUUCAGGAGUUUCUGUCUCAUGUGGCUGAUGAACAUGAAGAUGAGGAAGUGUCAUUACCACAACAUCUGAAUGGAUUGGUGGCUACCAAUUCCAUAGUGCCCCAGCAAACUGACCAAACUUUAAAGGAGGAGACGCUGCCCAGUUGCUCUAAUGAGACGAAGCAGCUUCAUGAGACCAGACAGCCUCCCAGUGCUCGUUCCAGGAGGAAGCCCUUGAUAGUGGUCAGACACACUGGUCAGGACGAGUCGGACUGUUCCUCAGACAGCAGAAGCAUCGCAUCCAACGACUCCAGUGAUCUAAACUUCGAUUUUCUCCCGAAAGGUACGGUUGUGGUGAGACCACAGCCUGUGGAGGACGAUGCGGAUGAAUUCAGAGGUCCAGAAUUCGGCAGCAAAACACGAAGUAAACAGAAUAGAUUGAUCAAACAAAACUUUGAUUACCAGGUGGUAAGCUGUACGGCUUGUGGGCAGCAGGUCAAUCACUUCCAGAAGGACUCGGUCUACAGACAUCCAGCCCUCAAAGUGCUCAUCUGCAAGUCUUGUUUCAGAUACUACAUGAGCGAUGACAUCAGCAAGGAUGCUGAUGGGACUGAUGCCCAAUGCAGAUGGUGCGCAGAGGGCGGCAAUCUGAUUUGUUGCGACUACUGCACCAAUGCCUUCUGUAAAAAGUGUGUGUUGCGCAACUUUGGACGUAAAGAGCUGUCCGUCAUCCUGGACCCUGAUAAGAAGUGGCACUGUUACGUGUGUUGCCCCGAGCCUCUUGUGAGGCUGGUCCUGACUUGUGACAGCACCCUUCAGAAUCUCCAAAAUGGUGGCUCAAGAAGGGCGCGCCUGGAGCCGCAGAGAGGGAAGAUUUUGGAUCAAAAGGGUCAGCAUCACCAGACUCAAGAUGGCCAGGCCUUCUCUCUCUCCUCUGGCCUUCUGCAAAGGACUCAGCGCCUGAUCGAGAUGACCAUGGCACUCAACCAGUCAUUCGUGCAGUUCAUGGAGGGCUGUGAGGAGGACAGCAGUGACGAAGAAGAAGACAGAACACUUAAACUGAGGGACUACUCCAAUGUUCCCAUCGACCUACAGAACGCCUACGAUGCCUUGCAACAGGCGGUAGAAACGGAGCUUCGUAGAUGUGGGCAGGGGGACCUGAGGACGCUGUAUCCUUCCAGCGAGCCAGAGCAGCCUGCAUCCAAGGUAAAGGAAGGUGAAACGUCUACUAUGGGAGACGACCAAGAAGAUGAAAGAGACAUUCAACCAAUGGAUGAGGAGAGUAGGUGCUCGCUAUGGGUACAGCAGAUGCCUCCACAAUCAUCUACUGACGCUAGCAUGGAGGGAAAUAGCAUAUUUGAGUCGGACAAGAGUUCCUCCAAUGACCUUGAAAUGAUCAGCAUGAAGAAGAGCAUGCCUCAUGACCAGUCCUCCUCUCCCUCGUACUCCUCAUCCUCCUCCUCUUCCACACUGACCCCGCUUGUGAAGCCAAGGCCGAGGGGGAGGGGACGCCCCCGCAAACACCCCCCCAAAUUACAGAGAGCAGUAGAGCCCUCGUCUCACAGCUCCUCGAGUGAGACAGGGGGGUGUGCCUCUGAGAGUGGCUGUGACAGUGACUUCAAAGACCAGCAGACCACAACCAAAGGGGUUUCCCCGCUGAAUGCUGCCAGGUCCUUUCAUGUGUCGCCCAACUUUUAUCUGCAGACCGUCAGCUGCACUGCUUGUCCACAGCAAAUGAAUCACUUUCAGUGGGAUGCCAUGUACAGACAUCCAGCCCUCGGAGUGCUUAUCUGCAAGUCCUGUUACAGUUACUACAUGAGCGAUGACAUCAGCAAGGAUGUGGAUGGGACAGAUGAACAGUGCAGAUGGUGUGCUGAAGGGGGAAACCUUAUUUGCUGCGACUACUGCACAAACGCCUUCUGUAAAAAGUGUAUUUUACGAAACUUUGGACGUAAAGCGCUGUCGGUCAUCUUGGAUGCGGGCAAAAAAUGGCAUUGCUACGUCUGCAACCCAGAGGCAUUAGUGGGCCUGGUCCUGGCUUGCGACGCUACCUUGGAGAGCCUUCAUAACUAUGGCACUAAAAGGGCUCGCCUGGACCCUCAAAGAACUGACAUUUUUGUCCAAAAGGGUCCGUUUGGCCAUACUCAGGAUUUCUUUGUCUCCGUUCACCUCUCUGAGAGGAACCAGCGUCUCGUUGAGAUGACCACGGCACUUAAUGAGUCCUAUAUGCAAUUCAUGCAGAGCUUCCGAGAGGUCAACUUUGAUGACGAAGAGGAGAGGACAAUGAAACUCAAAGCGUACUUUCAUAUUCUCGUAGACCUUAAGAAGGCCCAUGAUGCCUUAAAGAACACUGUUGAAGCAGAGAUCCAGAGAUGCCCGCUUAAAGGCCCAUAAACCACAGACGUCCUGUGCCCAAGAAGAAUAGAAUGGAACAAAUACAAUUGACAUGAAACAAAUGGAAUUGAACAUGUAUCUGUUAGAAGUGUAGGCUGACCAAUUUGGGGAGAGCUAGAACUGAGAGCCUCUGUCUUUUUUGGAUGACCUUUUCCAUUUCAUUCCAUUGACCCCGAAAAAAGAUUGCCCACCUCUCCUAGACUGUUGAAAUAUUAUGGGAUAGUCCUAUUAUAACUCUGUUGGCUCUAGUUUGUGAAUGGAAACGGCAAGUGAAAAUGGCAGACAUAGUCAGUAUAGUUGUAGCAUUUAGAAACCUAAAUGACCAAAGCCAGCUAUGCAGGUCCAGAAAGGGUGGCCAAAGCUAAAUCCUAAUAACAUCUUCUCUCAGAAAUCAUUCAUAUAUCACAAUUACAUUUAAACAGUCCAGAAUGCAUUCUAAAAAAAAAUCUCUGACCAUAAUGAAUGGUGGCUAUAGUAAUAUGAUAUACUUGAGAGCUCUGUAAGGAAGUGGGACCCCUAUAGAAUAAACAGUAUAUGGUUGCCAGGGAUUAAGGGUUACAUGAAUGGAAGAGAAAAAUCUCCACCAUCCUUUAUUCUCAACCGUUACUGUUGCACCGUAAUACUGUACACGUCAUAAAAGCACAGCAUUGCAAUGUAUUAUGAAUGGUUUAAUUCAGUUUUGCACUUUGUCUUCAUAUUGUGGGUGCAGAACAGACUCGUGAACAUUAAGAAGGAAGUUCCUUGGAUGAAACUUACUGUGCCACUUUUUCAUAUUUAUUAAGUCAAGUUUACUGGGCCGUUUCAAGCCCUUUGUUCCAUGUUUCUGUUGCCAAACUAGAGCCCCAAAGUGUUUGAGGUACAAGUAUUCACUUGAGUAGUAACUCCUGGUUGACACUUAGGACUGUGUGUUCAGAAUUUGGGGUGAAUUGAAACUUAGUUUUUUUUAUUAUCCCUCACAAUGCUUGCAGUCACUUUGUCCUCAACUUGCUUUAGUUGUCUCACAAUGUGUUAAAUUAAUUCUAACUUAUUUUUGAACGAAUUCCCUAAAUAUUCAUAUUUAAUGUAAAGUUCAUGUAAUGAUUGAACUCCAGGUGUCCACUGCAGAUUUUGGCUGAGAUCAGUGAACCUGCGGGUGGCCAUAAAAUGUUCUGUUAUGUCCUCUGAAAUGUUUCUUUCCCGUCGUAGCUUUUGUUGUGAAACCAUGUGUGUGAACCUUGAAAGUUCUCCUUACUUUCUUUCAGCUUGCCUGUAGAUUGAUUUGAGAUUAAUCAUGAGAUUGAUCAUGAUUCACCACAGAGCUCUUAUAGUUGACCUUUUAGUAUGUCCAAAAAAAAAAAAAGAAAUCAAGAAAGGAGGCUCGCCGCUCUCUAUAUGCAUACUGGGAUCCUCUUGCCUUAACAAAGAGGACAAGAUGCACACUCAAUGGCUGUAUGACUCUUGAUUUGGGAUUGGAGAUGGAUUUUGAUAAAGUGAUAGACAUUUCCACAAACCUGAGUGGUAAUGGUGGCAUUUUUUCCAGAUUUACCAAACAUACAAAGUACCUGUUUUCGAAAGUUCAAUAAACAACUUA